AAUCGCGGGGCGCAGGCUCGCGUUCCAGCAGUGGUGCUGGGAGGCUCGUGGAGGCGGCGCCGUUACUCGCGGUCGGGCGGCGCAGGCGGCGGCGGCGGCACAGCGCUCAGCGCACCCCGCGCCUUGGCAGCAGCAGCGGCAGCCGCGGAGGCACCCCCGCCGUCACAGCCCCUGCUCCCUCCGCCCUUCCUCCCUCCGCUCGCACCAUGGCUGAUCAGCUGACCGAAGAACAGAUUGCUGAAUUCAAGGAAGCUUUCUCCCUAUUCGAUAAAGAUGGCGACGGCACCAUCACAACAAAGGAGCUUGGGACUGUCAUGCGGUCACUGGGUCAGAACCCAACAGAAGCCGAGUUGCAGGACAUGAUCAACGAGGUGGAUGCUGAUGGUAAUGGCACCAUUGACUUCCCAGAAUUUUUGACUAUGAUGGCUAGAAAAAUGAAAGAUACAGACAGUGAAGAGGAAAUCCGCGAGGCAUUCCGAGUCUUUGACAAGGAUGGCAAUGGCUACAUCAGUGCAGCAGAACUCCGUCACGUCAUGACAAACUUAGGAGAAAAGCUAACAGAUGAAGAAGUAGAUGAAAUGAUCAGAGAAGCAGAUAUUGAUGGAGACGGACAGGUCAACUAUGAAGAAUUCGUACAGAUGAUGACUGCAAAAUGAAGACCUACUUUCAAGUCCUUUUUCCCCCCUAGAAGAAUCAAAUUGAAUCUUUUACUUACCUCUUGCAAAAAAAAAAAAAAAAGGAAAAAGUUCAUUUAUUCAUUGUUUCUAUAUAGCAAAACUGAAUGUCAAAAGUACCUCCUGUCCACACACACAAAAUCUGCAUGUAUUGGUUGGUGGUCCUGUCCCCUUGAGAUCAAGCUACACAUCAGUUUCCAAUAUAAAUACUUGUCCCACCUUAACGAUAAGGACCCCUUACGGCUCCAUUUGCUGACAAUUAACACACUGUCUGGGCUGGCCAGUUUUUCAUGCAUGCAGCUUGACAAUCGAGCAUAGUCAGGCAUUUGUAUUAAAAAUGAAAACCGAAGAAACGAUUCAAAACCUAUUCCAAUGGGUUCUAGCUCAAUUUGUUUAGUAGAAAUUGUUGUAGCUGGUUUCCUGAAAACAAACAUUGAGAAUUGGUUUACCUCAGGAUGAUGUGCAGAAAAAUGGGUGGAGGCUAAACCUUUGAGACUGGUCCCGCUGGUAAGAUGGUCCUCUUGCACUUCUGCGAGCGCUGGCCCACGGUGACGGUGACACACCAUGGUGGCAUGUCCAUGUAUGUUGGCUUAGCGUCAUUCUAGAGUGAAACAGGUGUGAGGCUGUCACCGCUGACACAUUUUUAAUAAGAAACCGUUACCAAGGGAGCAUCUUGGACCCUGUUUUUAAAACCUUCUGACCCCUGACUUGGAGCUGCAGAGUAGGCUGUGGACUUCAGCACAACAUCAACAUGGCUGCUCGAGAGAUGGCAAUUUACGUCCAUUCCAAGUUGUAAAUGCUAGUCCUUUUUUUUUUGUUUUUUUUUUCCAAUAAAAAUACCAUUAACUUAAA